CGAGCAGCAACUACCAUCACGCAACCCACCACAAGUGACGACACACUGUGGUCCCCCUCAUCCCCUCCAUCCCGCAUCAGACACAUACACAACCACGGCUGUCUGCAUCCCCACCCACAAUCAUCCUCUAGCAAAGCAAAUCCAAUGUCCCUCACACCACAAGCACUGCGCCUCCUCUCGCGCGAGCUCGUCACGCUCCGCACCGAGCCGCCCGAGGGUGUGCGCGUCGUCGUUGAUGAGGACGACCUGACGGCGCUCGAGGGUUGGGUGCAGGGACCAGCUGGAACACCCUACGAGGGAGGAUACUUUCGCGUGCGCUUCGACUUUGGCCCAGAGUACCCCAACCUGCCGCCCAAAUGCACCAUGCUCACCAAAAUAUUCCAUCCCAACAUCUCCAAGGCGGGUGAGAUUUGCGUCGACACGCUCAAGAAGGGCUGGAGGAAGGACUAUGGUGUGGCGCAUGUGCUUGUUACGAUCAAGUGCCUGCUCAUCUACCCCAACCCGGAGAGUGCGCUGGACGAGGAGGCAGGCAAGCAGCUGCUUGCGGAUUACGACGGGUACUGCAAGUACGCCAGGCUCCUGACCGGUAUCCACGCGACGCCAAAGCUUCCCCCCGCCCCCUUCCGUGACGCGUCAGUCAAGUCGGUCGACGCGCUCCUCCCGCAGCCCCCUGUCGCUUCAGCGCCAUCGACAAGGUCGUCGCCAUCAUCGCCGCAGAACUCGUCCCCGCAGCCCACCGCGAGCCGACCGUCCCCGCUCGGCAACCACGCGCGUCAGGAGACGAGCCCCGCGCCAGUGGUGCCCGCGGCCGGCUUUGACAGCGUGGUCAAGCCCGUCGUCAAGGCUGCACCUAAGCCCGCAGCCAAGGCCAAGCGCGGCCUGAAGCGCCUCUAGGCGCGGGGCAGCGACGACAUUCCGCUCCCACUUUCGGCCCCCCGCCUGGGCCACGCAUCCGCAUGCUGUGUACACUGUGUCCACGUUGGAGACGAUACUCGCACGAGGCGUUAAUUGCAAUGUUUGUAGCCAC